AAAUUGCGAAAAGGCCUCAUCAACCUUUACGACUACGACCCCAGGGUCCAGGGUCCGGAGAAAGCGAUAGAAUCCGCAGGCAAGUUCCAGGCCUCACACCGUAACACGUCAUCUGAUUCCUCACCGAGUCCAUCGACAGCGACUGCCUGGUCGCGCGCGCCGUCGCCGAAGAAAAUGGCGUCGACGGUGGUCACCAUCAGCUCCCCCAGUGCUCUCCACCUUCCCGCCGCCAUCCGUUCCCUCCCUUCGCUGCCUCGUCCCCAACUUGCAACCCGCCUUGUUGGCCGCCGCCGCCGCGCCUUCCUGCGCUGUGCCGCGGUUUCCGAGCUCGCGCCCGCAGCAUCCGCCGCCUACGGUGCCCUCCUCCUGGGCGGCGGCGCACUCGCAUAUGCGAGGUCGGGGAGUAAGGGCUCCAUCUUCGGAGGGCUCACCGGAUCCGCGCUCAUGGCCGCUACGUAUUAUCUGAUGCAAUCACCUGAGACGAAGGCAAUAGGCGAUGCUGUUGGAUUUGGAUCUGCCUUUCUGUUUGCUUGUGUAUUUGGUAUCAGGUUGUACAAUACCCGGAAACUGGUGCCAUCUGGCCUUCUCUUAGCACUGUCUUUUGGUUCCUUGGGUGUCUUUUACUCUGCUUACUUGCAAGACAAGGUGUGAGUUAAUCGCUUCACCAGCUCUAGUUUUCUCUACUAACUGAAGCUUCCUUAAAGGUUUUCUAUAUUAAAUGGAACAUUUUGAAUCAAGUGCUGACUGUCGGUGUUCCUUCCCAAAUGUUGUAGUUUCAACAAACAGCAUUUAGUGCUCUCUGUUUGUUGCCAAUGAUAAGUGUGGCCAGGCUUUCAGUCGUUAAUGAGCUGAUUGGAAUGCUGUUCCUGAACUAAUUGCCUGAGAACUUGUGAGAGUUCAGCCUCGGAUAGCCUAAA